CCUGAAGCCACUCAGGAUGGAAAUGGUGCUUCCUGCUGGCUUCCGAGCAGCCCGCCUCCAGCGCCUCGCUCUGUAUUGGCUCGGCUCCCUCCUUGGACUCCUUCUCAUUGGCUUAGUCAUAAAGGCUGCAUCCCCCCGCUCUCCCCCCCCCCGCCACUUCUGGAGCCCAAAAGGCAAAGCCUGAACUCUCCUCUCUGGGAUCCUGACUCUUCCACGGAGGUGACAGUUCAGAGAGGAAGUGUGAGGGAAACCCCAUUGGAGAAUUAUUGAGAGGUGCCAGAUGGGAAAAGAGGGGAAAGGAGGGCCUAAAAACUGAAGCAAAAUGGAACAGGAAUGGGUCAUCUGCUUCUCAGCAUGGAAUCCAACAAAUAAUGCAGAAAGGAAGAGAAAGAAGCUGUGCCCUCUGCAGAGAAGUAUGAAUCGUAAUUCCAUUCAACGACCAGAACAAACAAUUACAAAUGACCACCAAUUAAUUAAUAACCCCUCAGAAAAUUGAAUCUAAACACAAGAGAAAUUGCCCAAAGUCCUAUGCAAAGAUAAAUUGCUCCAAGUUCUGUAAAACAGUUACACCUAACGCUUGCUACUCAAGUGAAGUGAUUAUCUUGUGAUGUACUUUGCUUGCCAUUGAACAAAACGUAGCAGCAUUUAAAGGUAUUAAACCAUUUUCAUCUGAUAAAAGUAGAUGCAUAUAAAAACUGUCCAACCGUCGUGGGUAAUCAUUCAAAAAAGGGAGGAACCCUCUGCACAGGAAAAGCAUAGGUUCUGAACCAAGUUUUCAACCUCAGUGAGAAAUGAAUGCACGAGAGAAACCACAUAAAUGCUUGGAAUGUGGGAAAAGCUUUGUCCAGAGUGGCGAUCUUACUCGACAUCGGAGAACCCACACAGGGGAGAAACCAUAUCAAUGCAUGGAGUGUGGAAAGUGCUUCAGUGAGAGGGGAGCUCUUACUUCACACCAUAGAAUUCACACUGGGGAGAAACCAUAUAAAUGCUUGGAGUGUGGAAAGAGCUUCAGCACGAGUGGAGUUCUUAAUAAACACCAUAGAACCCACACUGGGGAAAAACCACAUAAAUGCUUGGAUUGUGGGAAAAGAUUCAGCUUGAGUGGCAAUCUUAUUAUUCAUCAAAGAACCCAUUCGGGAGAGAAACCAUAUAAAUGCUUUGAGUGCGGAAGGAGUUUCACCACAAAUGGAUAUCUCAGUAGACAUCGUAGAACCCAUACUGGCGAGAAACCACACAAAUGCUUUGAGUGUGGAAAGAGAUUCCGCACCAAAGGACAUCUUAAUAGUCAUCAAAGAACCCACACUGGGGAGAGACCACAUAUAUGCUUGGAGUGUGGAAAAAGAUUCAGCACAAGUGGAACUCUUAGAAGACAUUGUAGAACCCACACUGGGGAGAAACCGUAUACAUGCUGGGAGUGUGUGAAGAGCUUCAGCACGAGUGGAGGUCUUACUUCACAUCUUAGAAUCCACACUGGGGAGAAACCGCAUAAAUGCUUGGCGUGUGGAAAGAGCUUCAUCAUGAGUGGAGAUCUUACAAGACAUCAUAGAACCCACACAGGCGAGAAACCACAUCAGUGCUGGGAGUGUGGAAAGAGCUUCAGUGAGCGGGGAGCUCUUAAUUUACACCAUAGAAUCCACACUGGGGUGAAACCAUAUAAAUGCUUGCAGUGUGGAAAAAGCUUCAGUCAGAGUGGUGAUCUUAAUAAACAUCAUAGAACCCAUACUGGCGAGAAGCCAUAUCAAUGCUUGGAAUGUGGAAAGAGAUUCAACACCAAUUGGCAUCUUACUAGUCAUCAAAGAACUCACAGUGGCGAGAAACCACAUAAAUGUUUGGAGUGUGGAAGGAGCUUCAGUAGGAGGGCCCACCUUACUGCACACCAGGGAACUCAUAUAGGGUAGAAAAAAACAUAAAUCAUAUUUAGAGUCUGGAAACUGCUUCAAUCACUGUCAGUCCUUCCUUCAGCUGUAUUUUUGUUGUUUUGAUGUGGGUCUGUGUCUGUUUCAAAUAAAUGUAACAUA